AGCACGGCUAGAUGAGGAUGGGCUUAAGGUCUAGAACCUUGGCUCUUGCAUCGUUGUUACUAUCGUAAUUGGUUAGUUGUCGUUUAAGGACGUACUUAUUGCAGAUUGUCGGAAGUUACGUGUAAUCAUGAGUGGAGGAGUUUAUGGUGGUGAUGAAGUUGGUGCUUUGGUUUUCGAUCCGGGUUCACACACAUUUCGGGUUGGCUUUGCUGGUGAAGAAUUUCCGAAAGGUGACAUACCAAGUCAAGUUGGUGUACGUGAAGUCCUGGAUGAAAUGGAUGACACUGUGGACCAAAAUGCUCAAAAAGCAAAAAUGAAGGAAUAUUUUAUUGGGCGGACAUUCGUAAAUGUUCCGCGACCAAGAACAGAGAUUAAAAGUUACAUGAAAGAUUGCAUGAUUGAUGAUUGGGAUAUUUUCGAGCAAUUGGUGGAUUAUUCAUAUAGUCGCGUUUUAUUUUCCGAGAGCCAGUAUCAGCCGGUAUUAUUUUCCGAAGCUGCAUGGAAUACAAAAGCAAAUCGUGAGAAACUGACGGAAUUGAUGUUCGAAAAAUAUAACGUUCCCACGUUUUACGUUGUCAAGAAUGCUGUUCUUUCGUGUUAUGCAAAUGGUCGAACAGCUGGAUUAAUUCUGGACAGUGGUGCUACACAAACGUCGGCUGUUCCCGUAUUUGAUGGAUACUGCAUAACACAUGCAGUGGUAAAACAGCCGGUGGGUGGCGAUAUGAUUGCAGAACAGUGCCGUUUGAUGCUUGAAGAGCAAAAGAUUGAUCUGGUCCCUUCUUAUAAAAUUGCAUCAAAGGAGGUGGUCAAUGAAAUGGAACCGCCUGUAUGGACUGAGAAGAAGAAUUUGCCUGAGGUUACGAAGAGCUAUGAAACGUAUAUGGAAAAGCAAAUUCUUGAAGAUCUUGCUGCUUCGGUAUUACAGUGUUGCGAUACUCCUAUAGACGUUGAGUUUGCGGAAAAGCUACCAUCAUCACCGUUUUGCUUUCCAAACGGGUAUAGCAAAGAAUUUCAAGCGGAAAGAAUCAAAAUUCCGGAGGGCUUGUUUGACACAACUUAUUUGAAGUCAGUAAAUACUUCCUCAACAAUGUCAGUCUCGCAGAUUGCUGCUACUGCUUGUGGAAUGUGUGACAUUGACAUACGACCGACAAUGUACAGCGGUUUGAUGGUGACUGGAGGUAACUCCUUGUUGAUGGGAUUUACUGAAAGGCUUAAUCAUGAUCUCGCUCAUAAGUGCCCACCGACAAUAAAAUUACGAGUUUACGCAGCGCCAACACCAAUGGAACGACGAUUUGGAUCAUGGAUUGGCGGGUCGAUUUUAGCUUCUCUUGGUGCCUUUCAACAAAUGUGGAUCAGCCGAGCAGAAUAUGAUGACGAGGGAAAAUCGAUUGUUUCAAAAAAAUGCGCAUAAAAUGAAAAUGCUAUGUCUUGUUGAUCAUAAGGUGAUUGUGAUAUUGUUAAUUGGCUAGGGAAUUUCGCUUCAAGCUAGAAUCGUUGUUUGUCUAUCAUUGAACUGCGGUUUCCUUGUAGGUCUGUCAGAUGGAAUUCUCUCUGGCGAAUUUUGAAGUCAUGCCUCACUGCUUGCUUUAACUUUUGUGUGGCUUUUCAGUUUGUUCAACAAGUCAUUGAUUAUGAACGAUCUCUUCUCUGUUGAUUGACAAUGUUAUGGUUUAGUUUAAGCUUUAAUUAUACUCGUUUGUUUUCGCAGCAUCUUGAAUUCUAUCAUUGCAAUGAUAUUGCACUCUGCGAUUAUUGUGGCUUGAUUUUAGUUAUCAGAAUACCGUAUACGAAUUUUGAAGUUAGGAAUUUGAGAAAUUGUAAAUUGAAUUCAGAAAUUCGUCCAUUAAUCUGCAAUGAACAAGUUUGUAUAUACAAUCCAGCCAACUGUUUUUCAUCAUUGCUUAGUAAUGCUUGUUUUUCUUGCUUUAAGCAUCGUCCGCAGAACAAUAAGAAAUGGUAAACUAUUCAGAUCUUCGCUUUUUUUCAUCAUUUCCCUUCCCAGAU